AUGGCUACAAGCAGACUGCUUCCACGGGGCAGAGCUUCAAUCCACCUGCUUGCUAUUCUCCCGUUGCUUGGAGAUCACAAACAGCCAGGCCUUGAGAUGUGUGGCUGCAGAGCAAGUGUUCCAAGUAUGAAGCAGUACUCGGUCAGUCAGCCAGCUCCUGCUUCCACCAAAAAAGACCCUCCAGCUGCUGAAGGCGUGCCCAAGGGCAUACCCAUAGCCAAGCAGCUGGCAUCAGUAAAAGCUCUAAGAAAAGGCUCAGACCUUGAAAAGGCUUUUGCUACAGCAGCUAUGGUGUAUAACAACUAUGCUGACCCCGAGAACAAGCUCAGCAAAGCUGAAACCAAGAGCUUACUGCAGUCCCAGUUUUGGCAUUUCAUACAGGGCCAAGAAAACAAACCAAAAUACCAGGAAAUAAUUUCUUCCUUGGAUGAGGAGUCGGAGAACAAAAUCAAUUUUGAAGAUUUCAUGAUAUUGUUAGUCAGUCUCACUCUAAUGUCUGACCUGCUGCAGGAGAUCAAAAAUGUGAAAACCACAAAAUGA